AUGAGCAAUGAAUCCUCCUCAAAGGGUAAAAGGCGACCGUAUAAUGCAGCUCCUUUACUAGGAUCCCCAUUGUCUGAUCCCGGUUUACCUUCGCUAUCCUCUUCGCCACAAUCUUUUUUCAUUGAAAGAACGAGAUCACUUGAUGUUUUUCAGCAACAAGAUCAACAGGAUUUCAGUCAAGAUUUGUUUGGUAGAUCACCCUCUUCAUUCAGUGAAAUUGAUGUCAUUUUGGAUGAUGGCACCGUACAAAAAAGAACUGUCUCUCUCAGUACUUUACCGGAUGAAGAUGAAGGCAGUAAUGAUUAUAUAUCAACCAAUUAUAAAGGAGAUAAAAGCCCACCAAAAGAUACCACACCACUAUUGAAGUCUCACAAAGAUACAUACCAAGGCAUUGGAUAUAACGAUGCCAGCUCAUCUUCAUCCUCAUCUGAUGAUGAAGAUAGUGAUUCAGAUGAGCCUUUCUUUCCUAUAAGCACAAAGCCAAAAAGGAAAUCAAGCCAUAUAGUCGAGGAUGAUGAAGGCUCGGCUGGUUGUUGGAGCCAGUUCCAAACAACAAUCAAAAGUUUAUAUGAUUCUUGUACGUUCUCUCCAAGACAGAGACUCGUCUUAAAAUGUAGUUUCGCUUACUUUUUAGGUUCGCUUUUUACCUUUGUACCUGCUUUAAAUGCAAUGAUCGGUUACAAUCAUACAUCAAGUCAUUUAGUAGCUACUGCUACUGUUUUUUUUAAUCCCGCAAAAACAUUGGGUGGUAUGGUAGAAGCUGCUGCAUAUGGUUGGGCGUAUGUUUUGUUUGCUGUAUUUAUUUGUCUAGGCUCUAUGGUGACGACUGAUUUUUUUGUUGACCGUCAUUACAAUGUCAUUGCACAUUCAGUAUCUCUACUCUUUUGGCUCUCCGGAGCUACAUUCAUCAUAUCGUUUUUGAAAGCACAUUGGAACAAACCACCUGUAGCUACAGCUUCAAGUCUUGCAUUUAUUACAAUCUUUGUUAUUGUUGUUCGUGAAGGAUCUGCUAAUUUAGGAGAUUUUGAUACCACUCGUAUUGAACAAAUCACUACCUCCGUUGCCACUGGUACUUUAAUUACAGUUGCCUGCUGUGUCAUCUUUUGGCCUGUCUCUGCUGCAAAGAAAUUGAAGAAGGAUGUCGAUGCUACUUUGGCUUCCUAUCGCGUGUUAUUAAAGCUGUUAACGAAGACAUUUUUAUUGGAUGACGAUUUACCAGAAUUUAAAGCAAAUAGAACUUUGCAGACUGCCAUCCAAUCCCAUCAAGCAAGUUUUACAGCCUUACAAAAAUCACUUAAGGAAGCUAAAUUGGAGACAGUCUGGAAUAGUGAGGUUAGAGGAAGAGCAGAAGAGUACGAUGAGGUCAUUAAAAGUAUGCAACGUUUAGCGCAACAUAUGGGUGGAUUACGCAGUAGUUGUGGUAUCCAAUUUGAAAUUAUGGGAAGUGAAGCUACAAAACAAUACAAGGAGACAACUCGUAAAAAACGAACCAAGAAACAACUUUCCAAGCUGUCUGAAUCGCCUCUGGUUCAUGCUUCAGCCGUUUUAUUUGGAACGAAGAACUAUGGAAGCACAACCAACACCAGUGAUAAGAAACGUAGUACAGCAAAACUAUCACAAUCUUAUGUACCACCUUCAACCUUAAAAGAUACGAAUUGGAAUGUAAGAGCAGGUUAUCGUCGCAGAAAACUUCAAGAUGAAAUGCGUAAACAAAAAACGUUUGCGAGUAAAUCUGACGAUCGUUUCGACGAGUUUUUGAAAAAACAUAGACAAGGGAAAUAUAUGGAUUCGUCCUCAUCCUAUACACCUCACGAAGAAGAAGAGGCCGAGUACACUGGCACUUCAUUAAUCAACUUUAUUCAAACCAUUCGACCUCCACUUAAAUCGUUUGCUUACACCUGUAAACAAACAUUAUAUCAUCUACAAACUAGUUUCUCAACAACCACUACAACCAAUACAUGGCUACCUCGAUUAAGUAAAAAUAGAUCUUCGCCUUCGUUACCAGUAUUAAAAGCAAAUUUGGAAAAGGCUAUCGCCUUGUUUGAAACUGCUCAGAAGCAAGCCAUCAAAAAGUUAUACCAAACUCGCGUAGAAUAUAUUAUGAAUAGAUCAUCAGGGGAUGAAUCAGGUGAUCACGUUGAAUCUGAAGCUAUUGGUUGUGUUCUUGGCGAAGAAGUCAUCCUUGUGUAUUUCUUUGUUUUCAAUAUGACUGAAUUUGCAAGGGAAUUAAUUACGUUGGUUGAGUCUGUCGAAAAUUUAAAAAAGGCGCACAGUACUGGAUUAUACACUUGGUUAAUUUCAUGUGUCAAAUGUGGUUGGAACAAAUUGACUUCUAAGAAUCUAGGACAAAAGAAACAUCACCAUUUGCAUAUCACCCCAUUUGUACCGAAUGAAAGGAAUACCUUCAACACAUUGCACACACCAGAGCCAAAGACAACUUGGAGAAGAUUCUUUAUUCGUGUUUGGAGAACCUUUUCGUUAUUUAAAUUACAAAAGAUCAGAUAUGCAAUCAAGGCAACGAUUGCUACUGUAUUGCUAGCGACUCCUGCAUACUUAGAACCGACCAAGGAAUUAUACCGUGAAUAUCGCAUGGAAUGGGCUUUGAUUACUUUAAUGGUGGUUAUGACACCUACAGUCGGUGGAACUAACUUGGUCGCAAUUUAUCGUAUUUUCUCUACCAUUCUCGGUUGUUACACAGCCAUGUUUUUUUACAUGCUUUUCCCAGGCAAUAUGUACGUAUUGCCUGUUUUGACCUGGCUGUUUUCUAUUCCCAAUUUCUGGAUGAUCUUGAACAACAAACACGGAAAGUUUGGCCAGUUUACCUUAUUAGCUUAUAAUCUCGUCAUGCUUAACAAGUUCAAUGACAAGGAGACAAACAGUAUUGAAGUAUGGGUUUUGGCCACACAAAGAUGUUUUGCUAUUUUAAUUGGUGUUGUAGUCGGAUUAUUCGCAACCGCUUAUGUCUGGCCAUAUGAAGCUCGUGUAGAAUUGCGUAAAGGAUUAUCUGACUUCCUGUUAAGAUUGGCAUGGCUUUAUCAAAAACUAGUAUCGAUUUAUGCCGAUUAUCCUGUCAAGAGCCGAGGUAACGGUGAGACCCAAACUCAACCUCAUAUCGUAAAUUUGAUGGAAAUAGGCCCCAAUGCAUCCGAAACUCAAAUAUUAACAUUUGAGGCACAAAAGCGAUUAGCAACGAAAUCUUUCAUGGAUUUGGAAUUAGGAUUACAACGUGCGUUACUAGAUUUACAGUCACUGUUAUCACAAACCCCUAAUGAGCCACGUCUCAAGGGUCCCUUCCCUGUAGACACCUAUCGAAACAUGUUACUCUCUUGUCAGAAUAUUGUUGAUCGAUUUUUAUCAAUGCGAACCGUUAUGCUGAAAGAUGCGUGGUAUGAAGAGGUACAGCAUGAUUUUAUGACACCAGUCGCACAAGAAAGGCGUGAAAUGGUGGGUAAUGUUUUACUGUAUUUUUAUCUCCUGGCCUCUGCUCUUCGCUUAAAAACUCCUAUGCCCCCUUUCUUACCACAAGCAAGAAAAGCUUGGAAAUCACUAUUGCAACAACUAACGGAUAUGCCGAUUGCCAAAUCAAAGCGAUUAUUGGAAAAGGACAAUGCGUACGUCUUCUACUAUGCAUAUGUUACGUUAAUGGAGGAUAUCAUUCGUGAACUAGACAAGUUGGGUGAUAAUAUGACUCAGCUAUUCGGAUCGCUUGUUCCUCCCGAGCAAUGGGAUUUAUUGUUUGAUGAAGAGCAACAACAAGUUAAAUUGAGUAAUGAAUAA